AUGUCUGUUACUGAGGAAGACCUGUGUCACCAUAUGAAAGUAGUUGUUCGUGUGCGUCCGGAAAACACAAAAGAAAAGGCAGCUGGAUUCCAUAAAGUGGUCCACGUUGUGGAUAAGCAUAUCCUAGUUUUUGAUCCCAAACAAGAAGAAAUUAGUUUUUUCCAUGGAAAGAAAACUGCAAAUCGAGAUAUUACAAAGAGACAAAAUAAGGAUCUCAAAUUUGUAUUUGAUGCAGUUUUUGAUGAAACUUCAACUCAAUUGGAAGUUUUUGAACAUACUACUAAGCCAAUUCUUCGUAGUUUUUUGAACGGAUAUAAUUGCACAGUACUUGCAUAUGGUGCCACUGGAGCUGGGAAGACCCACACGAUGCUAGGAUCAGCUGCUGAACCUGGAGUAAUGUAUCUAACAAUGUUAGACCUUUAUAAAUCCAUGGAUGAGAUUAAAGAAGAGAAAGUAUGUAGUACUGCAGUUUCUUAUCUGGAGGUAUAUAAUGAACAGAUUCGUGACCUCUUAGUAAAUUCAGGGCCACUAGCUGUUCGGGAAGAUGCCCAAAAAGGGGUAGUCGUUCAGGGAUUGACUUUACAUCAGCCCAAAUCCUCAGAGGAGAUUUUACAGUUAUUGGAUAGUGGAAACAAAAACAGGACACAGCAUCCCACUGAUAUGAAUGCCACAUCUUCUCGUUCUCAUGCUGUUUUCCAGAUUUAUUUGCGACAACAAGACAAAACAGCAAGUAUCAGUCAAAAUGUACGAAUUGCCAAGAUGUCACUCAUUGACCUGGCAGGGUCUGAGAGAGCCAGUACUACCAGUGCUAAAGGAACCCGGUUUAUUGAAGGCACAAAUAUUAAUCGAUCACUCUUAGCUCUUGGGAAUGUUAUCAAUGCCUUAGCAGAUACAAAGAGAAAGAAUCCGCAUAUUCCUUACAGAAAUAGUAAGCUCACUCGCUUGUUAAAGGAUUCUCUUGGAGGAAACUGUCAAACUAUAAUGAUAGCUGCUGUUAGUUCUUCCUCUGUGUUCUACGAUGACACGUAUAACACUCUUAAGUAUGCUAACCGUGCAAAGGACAUUAAAUCUUCUUUGAAGAGCAAUGUUCUUAACCUCGACAAUCAUAUAACUCAGUAUGUAAAGAUCUGUAAUGAGCAGAAGGAAGAGAUAUUAAUGUUAAAAGAAAAAUUAAAAGCCUAUGAAGAACAGAAAGCCCUUACUGAGGAAAAUAACAAAGCAAAAUUAAUGAUUUCAAACCCUCAGGAAAAAGAAAUUGAAAGAUUUCAAGAAAUUCUGAACUGCUUGUUCCAGAACCGAGAAGAAAUUAGGCAAGAAUAUCUGAAGUUGGAAAUGUUACUAAAAGAAAAUGAACUUAAAUCAUUCUAUCAACAACAGUGCCACAAGCAAAUUGAAAUGAUGUGUUCUGAAGACAAAGUAGAAAAGGCCACUUGCAAACGAGAUCAUAGACUUGCAAUGUUGAAAACUCGUCGCUGCUACCUAGAGAAGAAAAGAGAGGAGGAAUUAAAGCAAUUUGAUGAGAAUACUAAUUGGCUUCAUCGUGUAAAGACUGAAAUGGAACUCUUAGGUCAAAAUGGUCAUAUUCCAAAGGAGCUCAAUAAAGAUCUUCAUUGUCACCAUUUGCUCCUCCAGAAUAAAGAUUUGAAAGCACAAAUUAAACAUAUGAUGGAUCUAGCUUGUCUUCAAGAACAACAACACAGGCAAACUGAGGCAGUAUUGAAUGCUUUACUUCCAGCCCUAAGAAAACAAUAUUGUGCAUUAAAAGAAGCUGGCCUUUCAAAUCCUGCUUUUGAGUCUGACUUCAAAGAAAUUGAACAUUUGGUAGAGAGGAAAAAAGUGGUGGUUUGGGCUGACCAAACUACUGAACAUACUAUAAAGCAACAUGACCUACCAGAGGUUUCUGUUCUUAUGACCUUUCCACAACUUGGACCAGCAGUUCAAUCUGCUCCUUGUUGCACAUCUUCAGGUGAAUCUAAUCUACUUAAAAUUCCUCCACAAAAAAGAACCCGAAGAAAACUAAUGCCUUCUCCUUUGAAAGCAAAACAUCCCCAAAAGUCUGCACUGUCUGAAAGUUUGCAGCUCAAUGAUUCUCUCAGCAAAGAACUUCAGCCUAUUGUGUAUACACCAGAAGACUGUAGAAAAACAUCUCAAAAUUCAUCUCUAGUGACGUUAUUAAAACCAUCAUCACAUACUACAGGUUUUCAGACCAUCAGCUCAAACGUAAACAGUGAUAAUUCUCUGAAAAUGUUAUGUGAAGUAGAUAUUCCUCUCAGCAGGAGAAAAGAAUAUGGACAGGAAGAUUUGGACUCUACAUUUACUAUAUGUGAAGACAUCAGGAGCUUGAAGAGUAAAUUACCUGAACAAGAAUCACUAUCAAACAAUAACAUUUUACAAGGGCUUGCCUCUUCUUCAUUCUCAACUAAACAUCCUCUGCCUAUACCAAGCAUAGUACCAUCCUACAUGGCAAUGACUGCUGCUGCCAAAAGGAAACGGAAGUUAACAAGUUCUGCAUCAAAUACUUCAUUAACUGCUGAGGUAAAUUCUGGAUUUGCCAAACGUGUUCGACAAGAUAAUGCAAGUGAAAAGGACUUACAAGAAAACAGACCAACAGUGGACUAUAAAAGAAACAUCCAUAAAGUAAAGCCAAACAUGGUUAGAAAAUUUGGAAGAAGUAUUUCAAAAGGAAGUCUAAGAUAA